AUGGUGUACCCACGCGAGGAGAAGCUGGAGAAGCUCUCCCAGGAAGAGAUCAUCUCCAACACGAAGCUGGUGAUCCAGGGGCUGGAGGCCCUGAAGAACGAGCACAACUCCAUCCUGCACAGCCUCCUGGAGACCAUCAAGUGCCUGAAGAAGGACGAGGAGGCAAACCUGGUCCACGAGAAGUCCAGCCUGCUGCGCAAGUCUGUGGAGAUGAUUGAGCUGGGGCUGGGAGAGGCGCAGGUGAUGAUGGCUCUGUCCAACCAUCUGAACGCGGUGGAGUCAGAGAAGCAGAAGUUGCGCGCUCAGGUGCGGCGGCUCUGCCAGGAGAACCAGUGGCUGCGGGACGAGCUGGCCAACACCCAACAGAAGCUGCAGAAGAGCGAGCAGAACGUGGCCCAGCUGGAGGAGGAGAAGAAGCACCUGGAGUUCAUGAACCAGCUCAAGAAGUACGACGAAGAUGUCUCGCCCACUCAGGAGGAGAAGGACAAGGAGACACCAAAGGACUCCCUGGACGAUCUGUUCCCCAACGAUGAGGAGGAUCAAGGACAAGGAGUGCAGCACCAGCACAACAGCGCAGCGGUGGCUGCAGCUCAGCAGGGGGGCUACGAGAUCCCUGCUCGGCUCCGGACGCUUCACAACCUGGUGAUCCAGUACGCGUCUCAGGGCCGGUACGAGGUGGCCGUGCCCCUCUGCAAACAGGCUCUGGAGGAUCUGGAGAAGACCUCAGGCCACGACCACCCCGACGUGGCCACCAUGCUCAACAUCCUGGCUCUGGUCUACAGAGAUCAGAACAAAUACAAAGAGGCGGCUCAUCUGCUGAACGACGCUCUGUCCAUCAGGGAGAAGACGCUCGGGAAAGAUCACCCUGCCGUUGCUGCGACACUGAACAACCUGGCUGUUCUGUACGGAAAGAGGGGCAAGUACAAGGAAGCGGAGCCAUUGUGCAAGAGAGCUUUGGAGAUCAGAGAGAAGGUUUUGGGGAAGGACCACCCGGAUGUGGCCAAGCAGCUGAACAACCUGGCUCUGCUCUGUCAGAACCAGGGAAAGUACGAGGAGGUGGAGUAUUAUUACUGCCGCGCGCUGGAGAUUUACGAGUGCAGACUGGGACCAGACGACCCCAACGUGGCCAAGACCAAGAACAACCUGGCGUCCUGCUUCCUCAAACAGGGCAAAUACAAGGAGGCUGAGAUUCUGUACAAGGAGAUCCUGACCCGCGCCCAUGAGAAGGAGUUUGGCUCUGUGGAUGCUGAAAAUAAGCCAAUUUGGAUGCACGCUGAGGAGCGAGAGGAGAGCAAGGGCAAGCACCGAGACAACACUCCCUAUGGGGAAUAUGGAGGCUGGUACAAGGCCUGUAAAGUCAACAGCCCCACGGUGAACACCACCCUGAGAAACCUGGGAGCCCUCUAUCGUCGUCAGGGCAAACUGGAGGCAGCCGAGACUCUGGAGGAGUGUGCCGUCCGCUCCCGCAAACAGGGUUUGGACCCGAGCCGUGUGGUGGAGCUCCUGAGGGACUCUGACGGCGAGAGGAGGAGGAGCCGCGACAGUCUGAGCAAUGUCAAGUACGAAAGCGGCUCUGAGACUGGCGAGGAAGUGAGUAUGGGCGUGGAGUGGAAUGGGGACGGCAGCGGGGCCCUCCAGCGCAGUGGUUCUCUGGGGAAGUUGCGUGACGUCCUGAGACGCAGCAGUGAACUGUUGGUGAAGAAACUUCAGGGUAACGGCCCCCCGGAGCCACGCAGCAGCAACAUGAAACGAGCUGCUUCUCUGAAUUACCUGAACAAGACCAGCGACGACUCGUUCCCGCCUCGAGGUCCUGGAAACUUCCGCGAGAGCAGAGGCCUGAGCUCCAGCACCGUGGACCUCUACACCGGAAACUAA